AUGCAGAAUCUGUUCAGGCACACAUUCUUUCCGCAUCCUGACAUAAUCUGUCUAUGCGAGACCUGGGCAACAACAGACUUCACUCUUCCAGCAAGUCUCCAAGACUAUACACUCCAUAUAGCUCCAGUUACUAAGGAAAAAAGUUCAGGACAUGCCAGCGGAGGCAUCGCUAUUAUUGCCAAAAAAUCUUUAAACAUCACCAUCCUAGAUUCGUCAGAUAGCUGGCUCAUAGCAAAGGCCACUUUAGGUCCUACCAGCAUCAUCAUUGGGAAUGUCUACUUACGCCCUCAACGCAACAUAGCAUCCUCCCUGGAAUUAUUACAACUCGCGAUUGAUGAGAUCACACAAUCACAUGAGCAUUACGCCUGCUUUCUUACGUGCGACUUCAAUGCUCACGUUGGUCCUCUGGGCCAAAUCUCUAAGGAGAUCAUCCUCGGGACCAACUUGACUGAGCAGAGAAUCUCCAACGAUCAGAAAAUAGACACAAAGGGCCGCUUACUAACUAACUUCAUGCUUGAUAACUCUUUCAUUCUCCUGAAUGGAAGGACGCCCAGCGAUUCACCUGGCAAAUUCACCUACUAUGGCAACGGACUCAGUACUAUUGACUUUGAUUGGGCCAACAUACAAAGCCUGCCUAUGAUCAAUGACAUGGAGGUUUUACAUGUCGAAAACCCCUCCGAUCACUUCCCUCUACUGCUGACGAUUCUGAACCCACACUGCGCUGCCUCAGCCGAACACAGCACAUCAACAAGCAAAGUUGUCAAAACUACCUAUCCCUGGUUGCCGGCAAGUCGCUCGGAGUUCAAACUACAAAUGCUACAAUCAGCCAAGAUUGUUGUGGAUUUCAAUAACACCCCGAUAGACGACCUCAGCGAAAAUUUAUAUAAUGCCGUCAUCGAAAGUGCUCAAUAUGCAUGUAUGGUUAAGAAAUCUCCCAUCCCGACAAACUUCAAGGACCCAGAAAAGUCAGCUUACAUUAACGCCAAAAAGAAUUUCAAAGUGCUUGUCAAAAACAAAAAGCGUCAGUCGCACAAGAAAACUCUGGAAUCCUUGGCUAAUAUAAAAAACGCUGCUGACUUCUGGGCUACUAUCAAGAAGCAUAGAAAGAAGCAUAAAUCCAAUGCCACUCCUAUUGACAUAGAAAACUGGAACUCAUUCUACGAACUGAUAAUCCCGCCGAAGGAACCGGACGAUACAUUAUUCUAUGGGAAGAAGUUAAAUCUGCUCACACAAUACUGUCAAUCAAACAAGCUAGUAGUUAAUGUUGACAAAACCAGAAUAAUCUACUGCCGCCUCGCUGGCCGUCUACCAAGAGACUUGAACUUCCGCUUUGGCGACCAAAAAAUUGAGAUCACCGAAAAUUAUGAGUACCUAGGUCUAACUGACUCGGCCAGUGGAUUCAGUCACCCGCUGCAAUCAACGCCGUCAACAAAGCUCGCGCAGCUCUCAGCUCAGUCAUCGGAAUCAUCUUCUCAACCAAAACCGACUCUGUACCCUACUCUUCUAUAUGCUUCACCUAUAAGGGCAUUAGCGAACCUUGAAUUCAUAGAAAAGAUUCAAUGUGAGUUUUUUAAACGAGUUUUCGGCCUGCCAAAGACCACGGCCGGUGCACUAUUAAGAGUGGAACUUGGCAGACCUCGACUAGCAUUUAUUGUAAAAACAAUAUCUAUUAAGUAG